CUCAGCUGGAGCCGCAGGCCGGAGCCUCCUUGUCUCUCCUCUGGCCCAGCGGUGGCAGGGACCCGAGCUGCUGGGGCCCGAGCCCCGCGCCCGCCAGUCAUGGUGGGUCACCUGCAUCUGCAGGCCAUGGGGGACACGCGGGAGCAGAGCCGCGACGGCUUGCUGGACAGUCCGGACUCGGGACUGCCCCCCAGUCCCAGUCCUAGCCCGCCCUUCUACGCCCUGUCGCCGGGCACCCUGGACACCCGUGCUACCCCUGAAACUCCAGCGGCCACUUCCCUGUUCCAAAAUCCCCCUGCCCUGGAGAUGAGGUCCCGGCUGCUGCCUGUAUUCUUCGGGGAGAGCAUCCAGGUGGACCCAGAACCUGCACAUGAAAUCCGCUGUAACUCUGAGGUUACCUACGCCUCAGAAAGAUACUUCCGCGACAAGAUCUUCUACGCUCCGGUGCCCACGGUCACGGCCUACAGCGAGACCAUCGUGGCGGCGCCCAACUGCACGUGGCGGAGUUACCGCAGCCAAUUGACCCUGGAGCCCCGCCCACGGGCCCUGCGCUUCGGAAGCACCGCCAUCAUCUUCCCCAAACUGGCCCGCAGCUCGUUCCGCACCACCCUGAGCUGUAGCCUGGGCCAGCCGCGGCACUGGUACUCCUCCAGCCUGCAGCUGCGGCGGUGCGGGGACCCUGCACCCAGUUCCGGCGGUGCCGAUGUACUCUGAGGAGCUGAGUGUGGGAGAGGUCCAGGAAAGAUGGCCAGGUUAGGCUGGCUGUGCCCGAGCUCCAGCCUAGAGGAUUCCGGGAAUGCAUCUUUCAUUAGCCUUCCCAGGCUCUGUGGCCUUACGGCCAGGGCCAAGCAUGUCCUGGUGUGCCCUUGAGGCAAAGGCGGCCCUAUGUGCCACAGGACGCAGGGCAUUCAGCCAUGGUCUGGCU